UUUUAAAUAUAGAGAGAAUAGUACAGCAGUCUUCGUCGGUCUUUUAGAGUACAUAGUAAGUUUGAUGUAUGAAAUCAUUACGGAAAGGCUAAUUGUUAAUGUAAUUACAAGUGAAAGAUGGAAUCCAGUAAUUUAAUUAGCUAUUCCGUCAGAGUGAAAAAGGAGCCUAGUGAUGUGACGCCGAGUAAAAAUAUUUAUAAAAUGAUUGACGAAAAACCCGAUCUUCAAAAUUUGCCAUUUCCUCCAAAAAAUUCACAGACCCAUACCCUUAAAAAAUGUGACAAAAGUCGUGAAAGUGAACUUGACGACGAACUGGAAAUAGUUGUCGAAUGCGAAGACGUAAAGCCCUGCAUAGAUUUAUUAAGAGUAAAGAAAAUUGACGAUGAUUUCCCAAAUCACAUGAAGAAUACAAAAGAUAUCAACGACAAAACUCUAAAUUUAAUUAAAAUGGAAUCCAGAGAAGUGAAACAGGAAUUUGUUGGCGACAUUACAGAAGAAUUAAAUUUGAAUGUAGACUGUGAACAUGUCGAACAAAAUAAUAAAAGAAGAAUUACAAAAAACUUAGUCAACCAACAUAACCGUAAAUGCAAAAAGGAUUUUUCAACUAAGGAUACUCUGACUAGAAAACCGAAAUCAUUGCUUCACUGUAUUGCCCACUCAUGCGAUAAGUGUGCUAAGACAUUCAAACAUAGGGGCAGUCUCAAGACUCACAUCGAUGAGGUUCACAAGAAUAUCAGAUAUGCAUGUGAUAUAUGCGGAAAGUCAUUCACCAAAAAGUCUAAUCUUCAAGAUCACAUUGUUGCGGUGCACAAUGGCGUCAAACAUACAUGUGAUACAUGCGGCAAGAAAUUCACAAGCAAGAAUUAUCUGAAAAUUCACAUUGAUAUGGUUCAUAAAGGUAUGACACCACAUGUAUGUGACUUAUAUGAAAAGUCAUUCACCAAAAAGUUUAAUCUUCAAGUUCACAUUUUUGCGAUACACAAGGGCGUCAAAAAUACAUGUGAAAUAUGCGGAAAGUCAUUCACCAAAAAGUCUAAUCUUCAAGUUCACAUUGUUGCGAUGCACAAGGGCAUCAAAAAUACAUGUGAUAUAUGCGGAAAAUCAUUCACCCGCAAAUUUAAUCUUAAAGUUCACAUUAAUUCAGUACAUUACCAACUCAUUUCAACUUGA